CAUCAUUCCACCACUUUUCCUGAACAUUCCCUCAAAUUAAUUUCGUCGUAGAAGCCACCAUGGCAUCGGCAUGUACGCGAGUCUUCAGUACUUGCGAGCUACUUGAAGCGAUCUUGCUUCAACUUCCAGGAACGGACCUCCUCCAAGCACAGCGCAUCUCUCGCAACAUACAAAACGUGAUACAGUCUUCCCCGGCGCUCCAGCAAGCCCUUUUUUUCCAGCCUAUGCCUAUGGAGAAAUCGGAAAGCUGGGUUGUCAAUCCCCUUCUCCAGACUCCGUUUCUUCCGUGGCUGAUCAUUCCUAAUGGGGACCGCUGGGGUUUACCAACGUACGACAGCCUGGAGCUCCUGGAUUGGACCUCUACUCCAAGGAGGGAGUGGGCAUUCUUACGUCCGGAUGCAUCCUGGAGACGAAUGUUUUUAAUCCAACCUCCACCGAAGAAGCUAUCCGUGGUCUCGCGCGGUCAUACACGAGAAGGUGACUCUUCAUCAGAGUUAGAGGUGGUAUUUGACCAGGAACAACCACCCGGAGUUACUAUGGAUGCAUUAUACGACAUUCCUCUAAUGUUCCUGCGGAGCCACUGGUUCAGCCGGUUUGCCUUGGAAAUCAAAGCCCCUACCUCUCCGUCCGAAUGCCCAACAAUGACACUGUAUCUUCUGUAUACCAUCCAAUGCACAACGGAGCCCUUUCCAGGAGACCUAAUUCCAAGCAGGAAAGAUUUGAGGUCAAGAGCUUCAAGGAAAUGGGAGGUAAAAGAUGAGGACCUUUGGGAAGGUGAACUUGUGUAUCACCCAGAUAUAAUCUUUCAGAGCGAUCUGACACCUGAAAGAGGUGGUAUCCGUCUAUCUGAUUUCGCAGAAUGGACGAGGAAACGAGUCCCAAUUUCUUCGUUACUUGCGGACGUUCGGUGACUUCCGAGAAGACAAGAUCCCAUCACACAUCAGAGUAGUCGUCACGCCCUUCUGGGUUUGCUCGCACGCCUAUCACUAGGAUCUGAGGAAACGGCGGCGGAUGCAGAUGAUAGAUCUUCACCCCCAGAAUGCUCGUCAUCAAAAAGCAACUCAUCGAGCAGCUCACCAGCAAACGGCAUGCCGCGCACCUUACCGUCCGAUGAUACCAUGGACCUCAUACGCUUGGCAAUCGAUACUUAGAGCCGAACAGAUUCCAUUGCCUCAUAGAAGCAAUCUUUAGUGCUAACGAUUUCCGUAAAGCCAGGUACCUCGAGAUCUCUGCAUCCCUCCAAGAUGAUUUGGGACCAUACAGUAUAUUAUCCAGCACCGCAAGCAAGAUAGCGCGGUUUCCAUAGUUUUGUCAUUUAAUAUGUGUCCUCGAACAUGAAUAUGGG